AUGUGGGUUCCUGCCGUGGCGAAUCUGCUCCUUCUGUCCCUGGGCCUUCUGGAAGCAAUUCAGGAUGCAGAGUUGGACAUGGCCCUGGACUCCUUUGAUGACGAGUAUGUCGGCUGUGAAGCAGCCAUGACAGCUGCCCUCCCACAUCUUCAACUCAUGGAGUUCCGGGCAAACAAAGUGUAUGCGGACGGCUGGGCGGAGGCAAGCCGCAAGUGGCGUGAGCUCCAGGACCAGUGCCCCGCAAGGCUGCCUGCCUUGCCUGAAGGAUUCCAGGACAAGCACGGGAUGGCCCUGCUGGCCUACACAAACAACAGCCUCCUGUACAGGGAGUUCAAUGCUGCAGUGCGCCAGGCGGGCCACUCCCGGGCCCACUACCUGCAGCACUUCUCCUUCAAGACCCUGCACUUCCUGCUGAUCGAGGCCCUGCAGCUGCUGAGAAAGGAACAGCGGCAGUCCGGGUGCUAUCAGGUGUUCCGGGGGGUUAAAGGCCUGCGCUUCAGGACAUCAGGGCCCGGGGCCACUGUCAGGCUGGCGGGCUUUGCCUCUUCCUCCCUGAGUAAAAAAGUGGCCCAGAAGUUCGGCGAGGACACCUUCUUCAGCAUCUGGACCUGCCACGGGGCCCUGAUCCAGAACUACUCCGCCUCCCCUUGGCAGGAGGAGGUGCUGAUCCCCCCCUUUGAGACCUUCCGGGUCAUCACGGCCAGAACACUGCCCAACGGCCAUGUCCACAUCGAGCUCAAGGCACAGGACAAGCACAGCAAAUACAACUGCGAGUACAUCAAAGCCUCGGCUCAGGAGCGCCUCUCCACAGCCUGGUCCCUCCUGCUGCUGCUCACCUUCCUUGCGGUGGGGCCCUUCCCAGGAAGCCCAGGCCUCUUCUGACCCCCCAGACUCUGGACAUUCCUGCCUGCUGCCUCUGCCCACUCUGCGGGUGCUGGC